AUGCUUCCAAAGGACGAUACGGAGAUUGACACGACCACUACCGGCGAGGACGACGCAAUCCAUGAGAAUGCAUCGGACGAGAGCAAGAACGUCAAGCCAUGGAGCCGCUCAACCUACUGCGGUAGCCUCCUCUUCAACAUCGGCGCUUUCAUCUUACCCGCCCUCUACGGGACUUUGAGCAAGCUUUGGGUAGCGAACAUUGAUCCUUCCAUGGUCGUAACGACUGAUGCUUACACUUACAUUGGCACCGUCUCGGAGGUGCUGAAUGAAAGACUUCCGCGAGCACCAUGGAACAUCAUCGGCGAUAAGGCGAAUCGGACCAUGGCCCAGCGGCUGGGUCUAUCUUACACUCUGAUCCUUUUCCAGGCGGCGCUCGGUCUCGUCGUGUCGAUUGUGUUUGCAGCGGCUGCACAACAGUUCGCGAACGCCUUCGUGCCAGUGGAAGUCCGGCAGGCAUCGCUCACCUACGUCCGGCUGUCUGCGUUCUCAGCGCUGUCGUCUGCCAUUGAGACUGCUGUUGCAGCCGCCACUCGAGCCCUGGACAAGCCCGAUGUGCCGCUGAUCAUCAGCUCUGUCAAGCUUGCCGUCAAUAUCAUUCUGGAUAUGAUCGUCAUCUCCAAAUUUCACGUGCCUGGCAUCACGCCGACGGUAAAUACCCAGGCGGCAACACAACUGGCUUGCGGAUUGACAGCCUCCUUCGCUGGCCUGGCCUACUUCAUCUGGACGAACAAACGCCAAAGCCACCACUCACUGCAACGUCAUGCAGAGGACAAAGCAAAGCCCUCACUGCCCGGCCUCAUCAUCCUCGCCAAACCAGGCGCAUACACCUUCACCGAAUCCGCCAUCCGCAACGGCCUCUACCUCUGGCUCGUCAGCGGCAUCGUCGCCAUGGGCUCCGCCUACGCCACCGCCUGGGGCGUCUUCAACACCAUCCGCUGGGGCCUCGUCAUGGUCCCUGUGCAAGCCCUGGAAGCCACCUCCCUCGCCUUCGUCGGGCACGAAUGGGGCGCCUGGCGACGAACCGUCGGCCCAACUGUCCGCCGCCCAACCGCCACCUGGAAACACCUCCGCACCAUCACCAACCCAGCGCUGCGGUCCUGCUUGAUCGCUCUCGCAGUCGAAGUCCCGAUCUGCCUCUUCCUCUCCUUCUACGGCGCGCGCCGCUUCGCCCUCUUCAUCUCCGGCUCCGCGGACGUCGCGCUCAUCACGGAGAAAAUGUGGAAGACGAUCGACUGGUGCUACAUCUUCUACGCCUUGUCCACACAACUCGCGACUAUCCUCCUAGCGAGCCGACCGCGCUGGUAUCUGUACCAGUCGCUGGUGAGUAAUCUGCUCUGGGUGCUGCCGUGGGCGGUGGUGGUGAGUCGAGUUGGAAUCACGCCGGAGGAUGCUUGGACGUAUCAUUCGAUUGUGUUUGGGGGGAGUUUGGUGUUUAGUUUUGGGGAUGUCGUGGUGGUGGAUGCGGUAUGGGCGUGGUGUUUGAGGAGGGGGCGGAUGCGGUUGUCGGCUGUGUCGGCGGUCAAUCUGUGA